AUGCAAUCGUUACACAUCAAAGCGCGAUCUCUGAAAGUAAGCCAACAGCAAGGCACAGGACCUGCAACAACUGGACCAGUACCUCAACCGCCACGAGCCAGUAAACUGCCUCCCAUGGAUGCACAGAAAAACCAACAAACUGAUGAGAUACUCAAUGCAAUUCUGCCUCCAAGGGAAUGGACUGAGAAUGGUCAGUUAUGGGUGCAACAGGUGUCUAGUACUCCAGCCACAAGAUUAGAUGUGGUUAAUUUACAGGAGCAACUGGACAUGCGUCUUCAACAGCGACAAGCGAGAGAGACGGGAAUCUGCCCAGUUAGGAGAGAACUUUACUCACAGUGUUUUGAUGAAUUGAUUCGUCAAGUGACAAUUAAUUGUGCUGAACGUGGUCUUCUGUUGCUCAGAGUGCGUGAUGAGAUCAGAAUGACUAUUGCUGCCUACCAAACCCUGUAUGAAAGCAGUGUUGCAUUUGGAAUGAGGAAAGCAUUACAAGCUGAACAAGGAAAGGCAGACAUGGAAAGAAAGAUUCAAGAGCUUGAGGUAGACAAGCGAGAUCUUGAGAGGCAGGUCAAUGAACUGAAAGCCAAGUGCGAAGCUAUUGAGAAGAGGGAAGCUGAAAGAAGGGCAGUAGAGGAGAACAAGCAUGCUGAGGAAAUUCAGUUUCUUAAGAGGACCAACCAACAACUCAAGACCCAGCUUGAAGGGAUCAUUGCUCCAACCAAGAAGUAAACUUGUUUGAAUGAUCUGGGCAGUGUACAUUUUGUAAACAUUGGGCAGUUUUUUGAAUGGUUAUUUUUCCACAGGAAAUAAGCAAUUCCUUUGGAUUAAAACUGAAAAGGAACCUUACUUGAUAACAAUAUUCCAACAUUUACUCAUUACUUAAAAGAUAAAUUGUCAUCUAUUCAAUUUUUUUUUUAGGUAAAAUUGAAUGCUUUUACCAAUAGACCUCAUGUUGCAUGCCGAAGUGUUUUGGCAGCACUACAUUUUUGUGGCCACACAAUUCACAACUGCAUAGUUGACAUAUUUUGAAAACAUUGAUGAAGUAUUGAAGAGACCCUUGCAAAAGAAAUAAAAGUUGAACUGACUCUUUGCCACAUACAAA